AUGAUCCACGCUAUUCAGCUACGCGACGCUGCCUCCUUCCUCAUAUUCAACUGUAUGCAGGAGAACAUUGCCUUCUCCCAAAUCGCGCCGUUGCUCCUCGGGUUGGGGAUGCAAAGGGUGGGAGACGUCCCAAUAUUUUCCUUCAUUAUCCAGGAUAUGAGGGAUAUCUUGGGGACGAUGGAGGAUGAAUUUGGGCCGCUCUGGGAAUGCGAGGUCGCAGUUGUUAUCGAUAGGCUCUUCUACGAGUUCUUUAACCGCUACGACUUCAUAACGAGCAAGCUUAGUGGGGGGGCUGACUCCCUGCGUCAGCUAGACCCGAAGGCUUUGUGCGCUUUGUUCGCCGACCUGGCCGCGCACGAUCUCGUGGACGUUGCCCAAUUUGAAGGCGCCUUGAAGUUUCUGAUCGAGGGUUUUACAGGGCCUGAACAUAUCGAGUGGCUCUCGCUCAUGUUUCAACGAGGGCCGCAACUGGAUAACUGCUUCCUCCUCAAUUGCGCCACAGCGAUUCGUGGGCGCAAGUUUGCUUUCCAAUGCCGCAAACAUCGAGCUGGAUCUCUGAACAUUGACAGCACUCUCGAUGUUCUCUAUGACCUGUUCGGCCGGGGGAUCCGUCAGGACGUCACUGAGAGGGAUCCUGCCAUCGUGAAGGCCGUUAGGGUCUCGAGCCCUCCAACGGAAGACGCUCGUCUCAACCCCAGAAGCACCGCGUUCACGCUCUUUUCCCAUGUCGGCACAUCAUACCUGUUUUUGGGUGAUGGCAAGUACGAGCGUACUCGACUUCGCACGCGAGACCUCUGGAAGCCUCAGUCAGAGUGGAAUAUCAGGGGUUUUCUCAAGAAAGAAGAACUCUUCCAGACGCUGUUCAAUGCUACAUGA